UUCCCUAUUCUCGCGAGAUUUGCAGUCCGAAAUCUCGUGAUGAUGUCAUCAAACACAGGAGUCACUGGCAAACUGACAGAAUGGCUGAUUCAUUAUAUCCCAACCUACCUUAUGGUCCUGUCCAACGAAGAGAACAGUUUUGCUGGGGACGUGCAACAAAUGAAAACUCCUAUUCCAACAAAACUCUUAUGGGCAACUGGAACCAGGAACACUUUGACCUGUCUCAUUUAGAGAAAAGGAAGCCUCUGCCAUCACAGUAUGAUCACUAUUACCAAAGUUCCUACUCCUCCUCAUACAACAAGACAAAGACUGGAUCACUUGGCUUCAAAAGGGAGCCUCACAUUUUCCCAGGACAUCAGCCUGAAUUAGAAUCACUGGAGUCCAAACCUCUUCAGAAGUCUUGCUACAUGCUAGAUUAUUGUCAUCCGUUACAUGCCCCAUUUGAAGAGUCAGAAGAGAAGAAAUAAACUGCCUUAUAUUCUUAAGGACUUCAUAAAAUGCAUUAAGAGAAUCAGAAUCCAAAAGAUUGUUCUUAACAAUUCAAAAAAAUAAUAAUAAAGUAUGUUCAAAUA